AUGCCGGUCCGCAGGGGCCACGUCGCACCCCAAAACACUUACCUGGACACCAUCAUCCGCAAGUUCGAGGGCCAGAGUCGUAAGUUUCUGAUUGCCAAUGCUCAGAUGGAGAACUGCGCCAUCAUUUACUGCAACGAUGGCUUCUGUGAACUCUUUGGCUACUCCCGAGUGGAGGUGAUGCAGCGACCGUGCACCUGCGACUUCCUCACCGGCCCUAACACACCAAGCAGUGCUGUGUCCCGCCUGGCCCAGGCGCUGCUGGGGGCCGAGGAGUGCAAGGUGGACAUCCUCUACUACCGCAAGGAUGCCUCCAGCUUCCGCUGCCUGGUGGAUGUGGUGCCCGUAAAGAACGAGGACGGAGCCGUCAUCAUGUUCAUCCUCAACUUCGAGGACCUGGCCCAGCUCCUGGCCAAGAGCAGCAACCGCAGCCUGUCACAGCGCCUGCUGUCCCACAGCUUCCUAGGCUCUCACGGCUCGCACAGCAGGCCAGGCGGACAGGGGCCUGGCACAGGCAGGGGCAAGUACAGGACCGUCAGCCAGAUCCCGCAGUUCACGCUCAACUUCGUGGAGUUCAACCUGGAGAAGCACCGCUCGGCCUCCACCACAGAGAUCGAGAUCAUCGCCCCGCACAAGGUGGUGGAGCGAACGCAGAACGUCACAGAGAAGGUCACCCAGGUCCUGUCGCUGGGCGCCGACGUGCUGCCGGAGUACAAGCUACAGGCGCCGCGCAUCCACCGCGGGACCAUCCUGCACUACAGCCCCUUCAAGGCGGUGUGGGACUGGCUCAUCCUGCUGCUGGUCAUCUACACGGCCGUCUUCACCCCCUACUCGGCCGCCUUCCUGCUCAGCGACCAGGACGAGUCACAACGCGGGGCCUGCGGCUACACCUGCAGUCCGCUCACCGUGGUGGACCUCAUCGUGGACAUCAUGUUCGUCGUGGACAUCGUCAUCAACUUCCGCACCACUUACGUCAACACCAACGACGAGGUGGUCAGCCACCCCCGCCGCAUCGCCGUCCACUACUUCAAGGGCUGGUUCCUCAUCGACAUGGUGGCUGCCAUCCCCUUUGACCUGCUCAUCUUCCGCACGGGCUCGGAUGAGACCACCACGCUGAUUGGGCUCCUGAAGACGGCGCGGCUGCUGCGGCUGGUGCGCGUGGCGCGGAAGCUGGACCGCUACUCCGAGUACGGGGCGGCCGUGCUCUUCCUGCUCAUGUGCACGUUUGCGCUCAUCGCGCACUGGCUGGCCUGCAUCUGGUACGCCAUUGGCAACGUGGAGCGUCCCUACCUGGAGCCCAAGAUUGGCUGGCUGGACAGCCUGGGCGCGCAGCUCGGCAAGCACUACAACGGCAGCGACCCGGCCUCGGGCCCGUCGGUGCAGGACAAGUACGUCACGGCGCUCUACUUCACCUUCAGCAGCCUCACCAGCGUGGGCUUCGGCAACGUCUCCCCCAACACCAACUCCGAGAAGGUCUUCUCCAUCUGCGUCAUGCUCAUCGGCUCCCUCAUGUACGCCAGCAUUUUCGGCAACGUGUCGGCCAUCAUCCAGCGCCUGUACUCGGGCACCGCGCGCUACCACACGCAGAUGCUACGCGUCAAGGAGUUCAUCCGCUUCCACCAGAUCCCCAACCCGCUGCGCCAGCGCCUAGAGGAGUACUUCCAGCACGCCUGGUCCUACACCAAUGGCAUCGACAUGAACGCGGUGCUGAAGGGUUUCCCCGAGUGCCUGCAGGCCGACAUCUGCCUGCACCUGCAUCGCGCGCUGCUGCAGCACUGCCCGGCCUUUCGCGGCGCCAGCAAGGGCUGCCUGCGCGCGCUCGCCGUCAAGUUCAAGACCACGCACGCGCCGCCCGGGGACACGCUGGUGCACCUCGGGGACGUGCUCUCCACGCUCUACUUCAUCUCCCGCGGCUCCAUCGAGAUCCUGCGCGACGAUGUGGUCGUGGCCAUUCUAGGGAAAAAUGACAUCUUCGGGGAGCCUGUCAGCCUCCACGCCCGGCCUGGCAAGUCCAGCGCAGACGUGCGGGCCCUGACCUACUGCGACCUGCACAAGAUCCAGCGGGCGGACCUGCUGGAGGUGCUGGACAUGUACCCUGCCUUUGCGGACAGCUUCUGGAGUAAGCUGGAGGUCACCUUCAACCUGCGGGACGCAGACGGGGGUCUCCAGUCAUCCCCCCAACAGGCCUCGGGCAGCCGAGACCACCCAGGCUUCUUCCUCAAUGACAACCAGUCAGGUGCAGCCCCUUCCUUAAGUAUCUCAGAUGCAUCUGGCCUCUGGCCUGAGUUGCUGCAGCCAAUGCCCUUAAAGCACAGACCCCCGAGCCCGCAGGGAGACCCAGACUGCUGGCCCCGGGAGCUGGGCUCCAGGCUGGAUCAGCUCCAGGCCCAAAUGAACAGGUUGGAGUCCCGCAUGUCCUCAGACCUCAGCCGCGUCCUGCAGCUCCUUCAGCAGCCGGUGACCCAGGGCCACACCAGCUGCAUCCUGGGAGUCCCUGCCUCCAAUGACCUGGCUUUGUUUCCUGCAGCCUCGGGGACUCAGAGUCCAGGGCCCAGCCUGGCCUUGGGGCUCCCCCACACUCCAUGUCGCCCUCUUUCUCGCCCCUCCCAGGCCGUAAGCUUUGGUGACUUGGACAAAUGUGGGCCGAAGCACAGGAACUCCUCCUCCAGGAUGCCUGACCUGGUUGUGGCUGCAGAUCAAACCCUGACUCCAUCCUUGGACCAGACGCAGCCCGAGGGCCUCCUAUCACCCGUGGCCUCUCCUUUGCAUCCCCUGGAGGCACAGGGACUGGUCUGUGGUCCCCGCUUCCCCUCCCUCCCUGAACACCUUGACUCUGUUCCCAAGCAGCUGGAGUUCCAGAGACACGGUUCCGACCCUGGAUUUGCAGGGAGUUAA